AUGAAUCCAGAAUUUUCAGAAGCAGGUAGCACACAGAAAGAAAUUGAAGAAUCGAUUAUGGAUUUCCUCCAGGAUUUCUUGUUUGGUCUGGAAGAUAAGCCAUGUGUUUCUGGUUACGCACAGGCACUUGCAACCAGUGACGAUGAUAGCGCAGGUGCCGAAGGCGAACAGGAACAGCUAGUACUCUCUCCAGAUUGCACUCCUGCAGGAAUCAUGGGAUGGCUGGCUUACUGGCCAAAAACACAAACCUCUCAAUGA